AUGAAACAGGCGAAGCGAAGCCCAUAUGAACAGAUAUUCCAGUGAAGUGGACGCGAAGCAACGAACCUCCCCCUUCCCUUCCCUUCCCACCAAUAUUAUUAUAAUUGCUUUUGCUCUCCUCUCUCUAAAUAUUUAACUAACAACACCCUUCACUGCUUCCCUAACUUUCCAUCUUCCUUUGUCUGCCAAAACUAGUUCAGCAGCAUGGACCGUGAAGGGGGAGUUGUGAUGAUGAAUAGGGCAGAAAUCGAUACCAGGGCACCAUUUAGGUCUGUCAAAGAAGCCGUUGCCUUGUUCGGUCAUAAAGUUUUGUCUGGCCAGCUUUAUCCCAUCAAGCUCAAGGAGGAGGAGGAAAUGUUAGUUUACCAAGUUCAUUUACGACAGAUGAAUGGGCGUGAAGGCAGUGAAAAUGGUUGUUCAAGGCUUGGAACUGUUACAGCUGAACUGGAAGAGACAAAAUACAACCUUGAAAAGGCCAGAGAAGAGAGUUUGAUGAUGGCGAAUUGCCUGUGUGCUCUUAAAGAAGAGCUCGAAAGAACAAAGACCGAACUGCAGCAAAUGAAGGAACGAGAAACCGAGAAACUGAUGAUGGAGUUCGAGAUGGAAGAUGUCAAGAUUGUUCCAGGCUCCGCAAGAUAUGAAGUCAAUGAAACACGCACGUUUAACGAAGAAGGUACCACCGAGUUUCAGCAGAAGAGAUACGUGACCUUUUCAAAUCAACCUUGUUUGACUCAAGUUGUUGGUCCACAAGGUGUGGAGAAACUUGAAAGGCACCCUUCAUUGCGCAAGAAGAAGAAGAAGCCAUUGAUCCCUCUGAUUGGAGGGUUAUUUUCCAAGAGAAAAGGGAGUCAAUAAGUUCAUAGUGCCAACAUAAAUAAUACCUUAUAAGAUUUUACUUUUUGUAAGGUUUCAUAUUUCUCUUGUAUGUACACGCCUAGCAAGUUUAAUGUAUAAGAAGGGUGUAGAUGUUU